AUGAGCGGAUCGCUUGGAACUCUCAAGACGAUUUUAGCCAAAGAAAUUUAUCCCUACGCUUGUGUGAAGACCUCAAGUGAUCUACCUGUGUUGUCCACCUCAACUUCGUUUUCAGGCUCAAAACAUGUUGAAGAUUCAAGGUAUCGGGAGAAACAAAAAGUUUUGAUACCAACUGAAGCCACAGCAAUCGACGAUGAUGAAACAUCUGCUCAUGGAACUCCUGAGUGCGUCGAAGAGACUGGAAAACCAGACGAACUUUUCGAUACAAUGAGGCUGGAUCAUCAACAAAAGGACCUACUUGAAACUUCCAUUUGCUCAGUUUGCAAGAAUAGGCGGCCGACGAUUGGAUGGCAUAGAGAUUUCCAUUAUGCUGAGCUUCAUGAGGCCACAGCAGGCUUCUCUGACGACAACUUUCUUGGUGAAGGUGGAUUUGGUUCUGUUUAUAAAGGAGAACUGAAGAAUGGACUAAAAAUAGCUGUUAAGCAGCACAAAGAUGCAAGUCUGCAAGGAGAGAUAGAAUUCAAGUCUGAAGUAGCGGUACUUAGUAAAGCAAAACAUCAGAAUUUGGUGAUGCUACUUGGAUCUUGUUCAGAAGGUAACCACAGGUUGCUUGUGUAUGAAUUUGUCUGCAAUGGCUCUUUGGAUCAGCACCUAUCAAAGGCUGCAAAAGUGCCCCUGACUUGGGAACAGAGGAUAAAAAUAGCUUUGGGUGCAGCCAAAGGCUUAGAGUAUGUGCACAGCCACAACAUCAUCCACAGAGAUAUGAGGCCAAACAACAUACUUAUAACGCAUGAUUACGAAUCACUGUUGGGAGAUUUUGGACUGGCAAAAACACAACAUGGCACUAACUCGGACGACAGUUUUGUGGGAACUCUUGGAUACAUGGCACCAGAAUAUGCGCAAACUGGGAAAGUCUCAACUAAAACUGACGUCUACUCUUUUGGGGUAGUUCUAUUACAGCUUAUCAGCGGACGAAGGACAACAGAUAAAAUUCCGGGAGGAAAAAGUCUGAUUGGAUGGGCGAAACCACUUCUGAAAGAAAGGAAUUAUCCUGAUCUUAUAGACAGGAGAAUCAUAGACUCACAUGAUUUCCUCCAACUUUUUCGGAUGAUACGACUUACAGAAAAAUGUCUAUGCAGCGAUCCUAGCAAGAGGUUCACCAUGGAGGAGGUUGUUAACACUUUGACGUGUAUAAAGGAUGGUCAUACGGCUUUUAUGGGGGACUUUUCUCCAUUAUCCAAAUCAAUUAAUGCGAUACUGGAUCCCUUUGUGGCUGAAGAAUAUAGUAGAAAUAAAGGAUGA